AUGAGUGGGCACAAGGACAAGGGCCGCCAGCGCCCAGCGAGACUCAGGCGUCCAGCCUCGGAGGAGCAGGAGACGGAGUCGGCCAGCACAGAGGGGGUUGGCCCCGUACGGAGCCACCGCGCAGGCCGCCGCAGCAAGGCCCGCAGGGCGAGGGCCCCGGCAGGGCAGGACCCCGACGACCAAGAGGCCACUGGAGGCCAUGAGACACCACCUGCAGAGGGGCUGUCCCUAGAGGCCAAGGACAGGCGAGGCAACGGUCGGCGGGGUCGGGGGCCAGGGGAGAGCCCUGGGGGGUGCCCAGAGGAGAAGGAAGAGGGCCUGGUCCAAGGAGAGGCGCGGACUCGCCGCCGGAGGAGGGGAGCUGGCCGGGGACCUUCGGCUCGUCGGAGCCCCUCAAAGCCCCCUAGCCUUGGUGGAAACACGUCGGGCGGGGAUGCGGGCAGCUCCUGCCAGGACAGCGAAGCCCGCGAGGCGCGGGAGAGCGGCAGCCAGCGCGGCAGGACCCCGGAGUCGCGGCGGCCUGAGUCGGAGCCGGCAGACUCGAGCUCCGAGGGAAUCAACACGGGGCAGCGGUCAGGGCCCGAGCUGCCGGAACCAGGCAGCGAUGAGCACCUGGUCGAGCGGGGGAGCGGGCAAGGCCCUCGGGGAGCCGGCGGGGAUUCCGGCAGCGGCGCCGACGCGGCUCUCGACGCAGAGCAGCUGGGGGAGAGGCGGACGCACGGGGCCGCAGGAGCCGGGCCGCGUGCGCACGGCCAGGGCGCAGGGCAGGUGCUGGCGGAAGCGCGCCCGGGCAGCGCCGCGCCGCUGGCCGCCUUGGUGGUCCUCCGCAGGCUGCGCGCCCGGUCCUCGCCGGGCAGCGCACCCAAAGCCGCGGGUGCCCGUGGUGCCAGCCUCAGGGAGCGGGUCCUGCGCGUGGUGCGGGCGCUGGGCCUCGUGCGGUGGCUGCAGCGGCGCGCUCGGCAGGCCGCGGGCGAGGAGCCGGAGCCGGGGUGCCAGAGACCCCCGAGCGAGGGACGCCGCGGCGGGCCGGGACUACGGCGCCGGCUAGCGCUGCGCCUGGCGGGGCUCGCGCGGCUCGGGGCGCCUCCGCCGAGUGCCCUUGGCGACGGCACUGGAUCCCCACAGGCCCGGGAUAGCCCAGCGCCGGCCGGCGGGGGCCUCACACCGGAUCCCAAGUUCGCUGUGGUGUUCCCCAGGAUCCACAGGGCCGCGGAGAAGCCGAGCAACGGGAGCUUCCAGGAUGCCCCCGUGGACCCCGCCGCCACGCAGGACGGAGAGGAGCACGGGGCGAGUGGGGAAGCGGGGGCUGGGCCCCAGCGCGACUCCCUCCUCGACCCAACUUCUCCCGACGAGUCUCCCCUGGACGAGGACGGCUCCCGCAGGCAAGCAGAAGCCGAAACGCCUGUGCACUGGGCGCAGGACUCCGUCCCCCGGCAGGACCCCGGCCCCGGCCCUGACACGCUGCUGCCCCGACUCGCCUUGGAGACCCGUCUGCGCAGCGCGGGGAGCCUGGGGCCCUGCGGGUCCCUGAGGGGACGGUGGGAGCCCGAGGAUGAGGUCGAGGCAGGGCUGGAGAGGGCCCUGGAGCUGAGCCUCGGACAGGGCGAGGAGGCGCCGGCCAGCCUGACGGUGGAGGGCUGGAGCCCGGCAGAGGGGCUGGAGGACGUGGAAGAUCUGGCCCGGCUGCGGCUGUUGUGUGAGAGCUCCGUACUGCUUUGCCUCAAGAAGAGGUUCCAGCUGGGCCGCAUCUACACUUUUGGGGGUUCCCUUCUGCUGGCUCUGAACCCCCACCGCCCCCUGCCUCUCUUCUCACCCGCGGUCCUGGCCAGCUACCACCCCAGGAAGACCCCCAGCAGCACGCCGCACGUCUUUGCUGUGGCUGCAGCUGCCUACAACCUGUCUCAGACCCCCGGCCAGGCCCCCUGCGUCCUCCUGAGCGGGCACAGCGGCACAGGGAAGACGGAAGCCGCUCGGAAGCUGGUGCAGUUCCUGAGCAGCCUGGGGCCGGAGCAGGCAAGAGACAGAGUGCACCAGCUGGCCGAGGUACUGCCCAUGCUUAGCAGCUUUGGACAUGCCAAGACCAUCCUCAAUGCCAACGCCAGCCGCUUCGGCCAGGUCUUCCGCCUCUUCCUGCAAGAUGGGGUCGUCGUGGGCGCCUCCAUGUCCCACUAUCUGCUUGAGACCUCGAGGGUGGUGUUUCAGGUAAACAGCCGUCCUGACCCAGGGCAGGAGCUGCUGCAGGGAGUUGUGUGCACACCCUUCCAGCCAGUCCUUCCCCCCAAGGCGCAGGCUGAGCGGAGCUUCCAUGUCUUCUAUGAGCUGCUGGCAGGACUGGACCCUGCCGAACGGGAGCAGCUGUCCCUGCAGGGCCCAGAAACCUACCACUUCCUCAACCAGGGCCGCGCCUGCUGGCUCCAGGGCAAGGAGGAUGGCCAGGACUUCACGGGAUUGGCCAGGGCCCUGCAGCUGCUGGGCCUGCACCCUGAGGAGCUGGCCGGGGUCUGGGCCAUGCUGGCUGCUAUCCUGCACCUGGGCAACAUCUGCUUCUGCUCCUCCGAGAGGGAGUCCCAGGAGGUGGCCGUUGUGGCCAGCUGGGCCGAGAUCCGCACGGCAGCUCGGCUGCUGCAGGUGGCACCAGAAGGCCUGGAGGCAGCUGUCACCAGGAGGGUCAUGGAAACGCCCUAUGGCCAUGUCUCAAAAUCACUGCCCGUGGAAAGUGCCAUCGAUGCCAGGGACGCCCUGGCCAAGGCCUUGUACUCCCGGCUCUUCAGCUGGCUCCUGCAAAAGAUGAAUGCACAGCUGGCAGCCCCGGGGGACGGGCACAGCCCAAGCACCAUCACUGUGGUGGACGCCUAUGGCUUUGAGGCGCUGCGGGUGAAUGGCCUGGAGCAACUGUGCAACAACCUCGCCAGCGAGCGCCUGCAGCUCUUCUGUAGCCAGAAGCUGCUGGCCCAGGAGGAGGAGGUGUGUCAGCAGGAGCUACUGCCCUGGGUGCCCAUCGCGCAGCCUCCGCGGGAGUCCUGCCUGGACCUCCUAGUGGGCCAGCCCCACAGCCUCCUGACUCUCCUGGACGCCCAGACCUGGUUGGCCCAGGCCACGGACCACACCUUCCUCCAGAAGUGCCACUAUCACCAUGGCAACCACCCCAGCUACACCAAGCCCCAGCUGCCCCUGCCCAUCUUCACCGUGAGGCACGAUGCCGGGAGUGUCACCUACCAGGUUCACAAGUUUCUAAACAGGAACCGGGAUCAACUGGACCGGGCCGCGGAGGAGGUGCUGGCUCAGAGCCGGCUGGAGCUGGUGGGCAGCCUCUUCCAGGCAGCAGAGCAGGUGGAGGACAGACCAGGCCGAGGCACACUGGCCUCCCGCUUUCAGCAGUCUCUUGGUGCCCUCCUCACAGAGCUGGGCAGGAGCCACGUCCAUGUCAUCCAGUGCCUCAACCCCAACCCAGGGAAGUUCCCUGGCCUCUUCGAUGUGAACCAUGUGGCAGAGCAGCUGCGCCAGGCUGGUGCCCUGGAGGCCGUGGCUGCCCGCUGUGCCCACUUCCCCGUGCGCCUGCCUUUUCAGGUCUUCCUGGCCAGGUUCCGGGCCCUGGGGCCAGAGGGGCAGGGAGGAACCCCUGACCGUGAGAGGUGUGGCGCCAUUGUGAGCCAAGUGUUGGGGGUGGAGUCCCCGCUGUGUCAUCUUGGAGUCACCCAGGUGCUGCUGCAGGAGCAGGGCUGGCAGCGGCUGGAGCAGCUCAGGGACCAACAGUGUUCCCGGGCCCUGCUCACCCUGCGCCGCGGCCUCAGAGCCUGCGUGCGCAACCGGCGCCUCCGUCUCCUGCCCCGGCUGCAGGCGCGCGUGCGCGGGCUACAGGCCAGGAAACGCUACCUGCGAAGGCGAGCUGCCCUGGGACAGCUCAGCACCAUCCUGCUGGUGGCCCGGCCCCUGCUCUGGAGACUCCGGAGACAGUGGCAGCUCGGGCACUGGUGCGGCUGGCACAACGAAGCGGCCUCUAAGAAAAUGCCAAGCAUGGAGCUGGGGCGCCUGGAGAUCCCGGCCGAGCUGGCCGCCACCCUGAAGACAGCACGAGGCCACCUGGACAGCCUGUCCCGGAGCAUCACCGAAUGCAUGCCCCCUGAGGUCCCCGCCCGGCCCCGCCUCAGCCUCCCGCCAGAUAUCAACCAGCACCCUUUCUCCACCUUCGUCUCUACCCACUUUCAGGAGCCAUCCCUCCCCAGCCCAGGGCAGCCACUGGCCAAGCCCCUGACACGGCUGGACAGGGAGAAUGCUCGGCCUGCCCUGGACAUCAACAGGGUGAUGCUGCGGCUCCUGGGCGAUGGGACCCUGUCUCCGUGGCAGGAGCAGGCCCUGGGCUUGUACCUGGUGCGGCAAGGCCAGCGCCACCUGGGGCUCCGGGACGAGAUCUUCAGCCAGCUGGUCGCCCAGCUCUGGCACAACCCGGACGAACAGCAGAGCCAGCGCGGCUGGGCCCUCAUGGCCGUCCUGCUCAGCGCCUUCCCCCCAACGCCGGCCCUGCAGAAGCCGCUGCUCAAGUUCGUAUCUGACCAUGCUCCCCACGGCAUGGCAGCGCUGUGUCAGCAUAAACUGUUGGGGGCCCUGGAACAGACGCCGCUGGCCCCUGGGGCAGCCCGGGCCCACCCCCCGACCCAGCUGGAGUGGACGGCCGGAUGGCGACGGGGCCGCAUGGCGCUGGACGUGCUCACCUUCAACGAGGAGCGCUACUCGGCUGAGGUGGAGUCCUGGACCACGGGGGAGCAGCUGGCAGGGUGGAUCCUGCAGAGCAGAGGCCUAGAAACGUCCCCUCGUGGCUGGUCCGUGUCACUGCACUCCGGGGAUGCCUGGCAGGACUUGGCCGGCUGCGACUUUGUGCUGGAUCUCAUCGGCCAGACGGAAGACCUGGGGGACCCAGCUCAACCCCGAGGCUAUCCCAUCGCUCCCACUGGCCCGGCUGAGGACAUCCCCCCUGCCCCUGGCGUCCAGGCCCCCACACUACCCCCAGGCCUCCCUCCAGGUCCAGCUCCAACACUGCCUGGUGGGGGACUCACAGGGGAGGCCCGUCCACCAGGGAGCCUGGAGGGUUUUCUGGACAACCUCUUUGAGCCGGUCUUCUCCCCAGGCCUCAGGGACCUGGAGGAAGGCUGGGCACUGAGUGGCCGCAUGAAGGGCGGAGGUGGCAUCGGGACACCGCAGGCAGGCUACCCCCUUGUGUACCCAGGGAUGAUGCAGGUGCCCAGCUACCAGCCAGCCAUGAUCCCCGCACCUAUGCCCAUGAUGCCAGCGAUGGGCACAGUCCCCUCCAUGCCAGCCAUGAUGGUGCCACCGCAGCCACAGCCGCAGCCCCUGCUCCCCAGCCUGGACACGAGGCAGCUGGCGGCCCAACAGCAGAAUUUCAUCAACCAACAGGCCAUGAUCUUGGCCCAGCAGAUGACCACACAGGCCAUAAGCCUGUCCCUGGAGCAGCAGACACAGCACCGCCAGCAGCAGGCGCAGGCAUCCCUGGAGGUCGCCCGUGACCCACCUCCAGCCGUCACCCCAAAGCCCAAGAAGUCGCCUACUCCCCGGGUAGAGCCAAAGCAAGAUCCGGAACCCGUGGUUGUCAGCUUGAGGGAGGAACCCCCAGAGGAGGAUGUCCCUGAUGGGUUCUGGCGCCCCAAGAGCUUCCAGCAGAAACGGGACUAUUUCCAGAAGAUGGGGCAAGAGCAGGUGAUAUUGAAGAAGGUGAGGCCUCCAGCCAAGAUCCAGAUCCCCCAGGGGGAGGAGGAGGAAGAGGAGGAGGACGCAGCAGUGCCUGCCCCACCUCCUCCCCCUCCGGUCACCAAGAAGCCCUUGAAGCAAAGUAAGCACAAAGCUACAAAAGAGGCUGAGGCAGAGCCAGCAAAGCCAGUGCCCACCCCUGCCCCUCCUCCCCCUCCAGUCACCAAGAAGGCUGAGCCAACAGUGCACAGCGUGAGCCCCACAGCCAAGCGGCCAGAACCCAGCAGGGAAAUCCGUAACAUCAUCCGGAUGUACCAGAGCCGCCCCGGGCCUGUGCCUGUGCCUGUAGAGCCAUCUAGGCCCCCCAAAACCUUUGGGAAGAAAAACGACCCUAAGGACGAGGCUCUGGCCAAAUUGGGGAUCCAAGGCGCCCACUCACCCCCUACGACGCUGUCCCCUGGCCUAGGGAAGGAACCGCCGCCGGCUGUAGCUCCUCGGCCCAAGGACACCCCAAGGCCUGGGCCCUCCAGCUCCAUCAGGGCAAAGCAGGAACCGCUUCGAGACCUGUUUAGCCAGAACCGGCUCAUCACAAACGCACCCCCACCUGCACCAGCACCCCCCUGCCCAUUGCCGGCACCCCCCUUGCCUCCACCUGAAGACUCCAGGACCCUUUCGACAAAGCCUCAUGGCUUGCUGGAGCCCAUGAGGGAUCAAGGGUUCUCCACCCAGUUGCUGGCAUCUUCGGGCAGCGUGUGCUUUUCAUACACCAGCGCCCCCUGGAGGCUGUUCCUGCGCAAGGAGGUGUUUUACCCCCGGGAGAACUUCAGUCACCCCUACAGCCUCAGGCUCCUCUGUGAGCAGAUCCUGCGGGACACCUUCGCCGAGUCCUGCAUCCGGAUCUCCCCAGAAGAGCGGAGCCGAAUGAAAGAGCUGCUGGGAGACCUGGAGGUGGGCCUGGACUCCCUCGCCACUGCUGAGGACAGCGUGAAGAAGCGCAUCGUGGUGGCCGCUCGGGACAACUGGGCCAAUUACUUCUCACGCAUCUUCCCGGUCUCGGACGGCCACGGCAGUGACGUGCAGCUGUUGGGUGUUUCACACCGGGGGCUGAGGCUGCUUAAGGUGACCCCAGGCCCCAACGUGCACCUGAACCCGCUGAAGACACUGUGUUCCUAUAGCUUUGCUGAGGUGCUGGGCGUGGAGUGCCCGGGUGUCUCCACCCUGGAGUUGUCGCUGACUAGGGAGCAGCUGGUGCUGCACUCAGCCCGGGCCCAGGCCAUCAAGGCCUUGGUGGAACUGUUCCUGAAUGAGCUCAAGAAGGACUCGGGCUACGUGGUCGCCCUGCGCAGCCACAUCACGGAUGACCGCAGCCUGCUGAGCUUUCACCGUGGAGACCUCAUCAAGCUAGUGCCGGUGGCCAGCCUGGAGCCAGGCUGGAUGUUCGGCUCAACCGAGGGCCGUUCAGGGCUUUUUCCUGGCAACCUGGUGCAGCCUGCUGCGGCCCCCGAUUUCUCCUUCUCGGAGCAGCCGGGCAACCGGCGGCGCAAGAGUCAGCUGGGGGAGCCAGGCCUGGCCCAGUGGAGCAGAGUCUCGGAGGUGAGGAAAAGCAGAGGGGCAGAGGAAGGCAGCCAGCACUCCUCCACGGCCUAUGCGUCCCUGCCCGCUGACACCCACAGCUACACCAUGCAGGAAUUUGCCCAGCGGUACUUCCGGAAGCCUCAGAGCCCGCUGGACCAGCAAGAGGAGGGGAAGAUCGCAGCCAGCCUGGUGCGGUACACCAAGGUACCCAUCCAGGAGUCACUCAUCGACUUUGACGACGAGAACAGGAGCAAACAAGCCGUGGCCAGCUUCCAGGCUUUGAUGCAGUUCAUGGGGGACCAGUCCAAGUCCCGAGGCAAGGACUCGGUGAAUCUGCUCUAUGACCUGCUGAAGCUGAGCCACGAGGAGAACCUCAGAGAUGAGAUUUACUGUCAGGCCAUCAAGCAGGUCACCGGACACCCCCGGCAGGAACGCUGUACUCGAGGCUGGAACUUCCUCAGGCUCCUCACGGGCUUCUUCGCCCCGUCCACCACGCUGAUGCCCUACGCGACCAAGUUCUUCCAGGAUUCGAGCCCCAGCCAAGCGCUGGCCCGCACCUGCCAAGACAACCUCCAGCGCACCAUCAAAUAUGGGGGCCGCCGGCGCCUGCCCCCUCAGAGCGAAAUGAAGGCUUUUCUGAAGGGGCAAGGGGCCCGCCUGCUUCUUAUUCACAUGCCUGGGAGCACGGAAUAUAAGACAAACAUUCAGAUGUUCACAGUGGUAGGAGAAGUGCUGGAGGAGCUGUGUGGGAAGAUGGGCAUCACUGAUUCCCAGGAAGUACAGGAAUUUGCUCUCUUCCUCAUCAAAGGGAAUGAUGAACUGGUGCGGCCCCUGUGGUCCCACGAGUACCUCAACAGCGUGCUGGUGCAUGAGAAGGUGAGCCUGCACAGCCGGCGGCUCUGCUGGGAGACCCCACUGCACUUCGACAACUCCAUCUACAUCAGCACCCACUUCAGCCAGGUGCUGCGCGACUAUCUCCAGGGGAAACUGGUACUCAGUGCCCAGGCAGAUGCCCACCUGGCUAGGCUGGCUGCCCUCCAGCUCGUGGGCAAGGGCGACAAGAACCCUCCUUCAGAGCAACAGCUGCUGACCUACAUCCCGAAGAUGUUGCACUGGCAGGUGGACAUGACCACCAUAAGGAGCCUGCUGGGACAGGAGCUGAAGGAGCUGCAGGGACACAGCGCUCAGGACGCUCAGAUCAGCUUCAUCAAGGCCACAAGCCAGCUGCCCCUCUUCGGCUACACUGUCUAUGUGGUGAUGCGAACGAGCACGCAGUCCCUGACUAGACCCGCACUGCUGGGGCUCAGCCGCCAGCACCUCCUCCUGAUGGACCCCAGCUCCCAGAAAACAUACAUCUCCAUCGCCCUGAAGGACCUGCAGCAGCUCCACCUGCUGAGUCCGAUGGAGAAGGGGGCCCCCCCUGGUCUGGAAAUCAAUUAUGGCUCAGUGGACAGCCCCCAGACCAUCUGGUUUGAGCUGCCGCAGGCCCAGGAGCUGAUGUACACCAUUGUCUUCCUGCUGGACGGCUGCACGUCCAUGGCCCAGUGGCCCGGCCUCCAAUGAGGGGAGGAAGAGGCCUUUUAUGGCCGGAGUCGGCCAUGGUGCCGUCAGGUCAUCUGCUUCGGACUUUAUCCCUUGCCUCUGUUCUGGAAUCCAGCAGCCCGAGUGGAAACCAUGGGGGUAGGGGCUACUGCAGUGAUGGCAACUGGAAGGCAGGCAGAAGCUGGACUCACUCAAGGGUGAGCUCCCGGCGCCGGGGCCUGCCCAAGCUCCCUGCUAGCAUGAACCCAGGUUUGGGGGACGCAGCUG